GCCUCUGUUUAUGCCCCAGCCUCAGCUCUGGUCGCUAGGGUCAUAUCCGCUGUAAUGACUGACUCUAAGGAGACCCUCAGCCCCUAUUCCCCGUCCGAGUACACCUUUGCUGCUUGGCUUUCCUCCCGGCGCGCGGGAGCCGGAUUCGGGGGCGUGACACAAUCCUGAUCCUGCCCCCGCCGAUGGGCUGCUGGGAUCUGGUCGCCAUGGUGACGGACUGUACACUACCAGAGCUUCCCAGGCCACGGGUGCGGGCUGCCCGGCUGUCCGGCUGUCCGGCUGCCCGGCUGCCCUACGGUCAUGGAUUCCCCGAACUCGCAACCCCUCAACUUCCCCACCACGUCGAGAGCACACCUACGGCCUUUAGGAGUGUCCAUAGAUGAUUCCCUCUUCACAGAAACCAAGAAUACCCAGAAACGCAAGCUUUCUCAGAAACGGAAGACACUGCUGUCUGGUUCCUUCUCCAUCGGUGGCCACCUGUCCCCAUGGCCCAGAUACAUCAGUGACCAGACCAUUCUGCAUAAUCGAAAGCCCUGUUCAGAUGACUACCGGAAGCGGGCAGGUAGCUUGCAGCAGCCCCUGGGCACAACCAAGCCGAGGUACCUGGAGCAGCUUGAGAACUACCUGCGCAAGGAGCUCCUCCUGCUGGACCUAAGCACAGAUUCUGCCCAGGAACUAAGGCUGCAGCCUUACAGAGAGAUCUUUGAAUUCUUCAUAGAGGACUUCAAAACAUACAAGCCAUUGCUGUCCUCCAUCAAGAAUGCAUAUGAGGUGAUGCUGGCCCACCAGAGGGAAAAAAUUCGGGCUCUGGAGCCCCUGAAGGCCAAGCUGAUCACUGUGAAUGAGAACUGCAACGAGAGGAUCCUGGCCAUGAGGGCUGAGGAGAGAGAUGAAAUCUCCAUGCUGAAGAAAGAGAAGAUGAAUUUGCUAAAACUCAUUGACAAGAAGAAUGAGGAGAAGAUCUCAUUGCAGAUUGAGGUGACCAAACUGAGGAAGAACCUGGCUGAGGAGUAUCUGCACUACCUCAGUGAGAGAGAUGCCCGCAAGAUCCUCAUUGCAGACCUGAAUGAGCUACGCUACCAGCGGGAAGACAUGUCACUAGCCCAGUCCCCAGGCGUCUGGGGGGAGGACCCCAUGAAGCUAACAGUGGCUCUGAAGAUGGCCCGGCAAGACCUGACCCGCACACAGAUGGAACUCAACACCAUGAAGGCCAACUUUGGAGAUGUGGUGCCCAGGAGGGACUUUGAAAUGCAGGAGAAAACCCUCAAGGAACUGCAGGAGCAGCUGGAGAGCCUGAGAGACGACUACGAAGAGGUCCGCAAGGAGCACGAGAUGCUGCUGCAGUUGCACAUGAGCACACUGAAGGAGCGGGACCAGUUCUACUCCGAGCUGCAGGAGAUCCAGCGCACCUCCACGCCACGGCCGGACUGGUCCAAGUGUGAAGAUAUGGUGGCUGGAGGACGAGAUCGCUGGCACAUGCUGGCCGAGGGCAAGAACAGCGACCAGCUGGUGGAUGUGCUUCUGGAGGAGAUUGGCGAGGGGCUGCUCCGGGAGAAAGACUUCUUCCCUGGUCUGGGCUAUGGGGAAUCCAUCCCCCCUUUCCUUCGGUUUGAUGGCAUUGUGGAGAACAAGAAGCCAACCAAGAAGGAAGUGGUAAAACUCCUCAAGGAUGCCUGGAAGGAACGUAUCACUGAGGAGCAGAAAGAGAAGUUCCCAGAUUUCUUCUUCAGUUUCCUGGAGCGCCACUUUGGGCCUGGUGAUGCCAUGGCCUGGGCUUACACCAUUUUUGAAUAUAUCAAGCUCUUCCAUACCAAUGAAGUCAUGAGUCAGUUCUAUGCAGUCUUGAUGGGAAAGAGGAAAGAGAGUGUGUACAUCAAGCAGAAGCAGACCAUAGCACAGCUGCUGAAGGAGAUGACAAACGUUGACAGCCAGAAUGAGGGGCUACUAACCAUGGAGCAGUUAAGGCCUCAGCCAGGCCUGUCGGCCCUCAUGUCUCCCUACAGUACUGUCCUCAAGAGCACCUUCCCCUUGAAGAAGGAUGAGAGAAUUCAGGAGUUGAUGGAGGCAGGGGGCUGGCAUCCCAGCAGCAGCAAUGCAGACUUGCUCGACUACCGCCUGUUGUUUAUGGAGGAUGAGGAGGGCCAGAGCGUGCCCUUUGUGCAAAAGCUGUGGGAACAGUACGUGGUGGAAAAGGAUGAAUACUUAAACGAGUUAAAGCAGGAGCUGGGCCUGGAACUGAACGAGGAGGUAACCCUACCCAAGGUACGUGAGGCCCUGAUGAACAUUGAUCCCAGCCUGGACAAGCAGACCCUGAACCACUAUUUGAGGCAGGCCUUCCAGCUCCCCAUGACAGAAAUGCCAGAGGAGGGUGAGGAAAGGGAAGAAGGCAUUGUGACACAGCUCCAGACUGCACUAGAACAGCUUCAGAUGAGUGACAUUAGGCGUAUGGGGCCUCGGGAGCAGGAACCUGCAAGCUAAGGCCACUGGGGCAGCCUAAGUGCUCCCGUGCCGCUAACCGCUGAUUGUUGUUAUAAAAUUCUUUGUCUGAACCCA